CCUGCUACAGGCUUGGUUCUCACGAGUUGUGAGAUGUUUAUCCUACUGCUUAUUCUUGUUACUGUGACUGAGGCACUUCCCCCAGUGGUCCAGCACACAAGGGCUGCAGAUGUAGAUCCUGUACACCCUGCACGCAUUUAUGGAUCUUACUCAAGUGUUAAAGUUGGAGGAACUUUUGAGUUGAGGUGCAGCACAUUUGGAUUUAAGAAACUCGAGGAAGAAAUCUUUGUUUACCUCUGUAAGAACGGAGUCGGCAUUGAGAGGGCCUCAACCAAUAUUGACGACUCCAUUUUCCAAAUUAAAUGUGUCACUAAAGAGGAUGCCGGAAACUACAGUUGCAUGUUCUCCAAAACAAAAUGGCAUCCCAGUGAGGUGAAAGGAGAAGGAGAGAGUCCCAUCUCCAUUGAAGUGACUGAUAGAGUCUACCCAGCAGCCAUAGCUGCUAAGUCCAUAGUGAGAUCAGGGGCAGGAGUGGAUCUCAGUUGCUCCUCUACUGAUGCGCUCGACACCAGCGUCCUUCUUGCAUACCUCUGCAGGAAUCACACCAUCAUCGAUGUUCAAAUGUGGAAUUCUCAGAAGAAACAGGCAGGUUUCCAUCUAAAGACAGUGCAGGGGGGCAACACAGACAGCUACAGUUGUGUGCUGUCAGAACGUCCGCUGGCCGCAGUAGGGUUGGACAUCUGUGGAAUGAACUCAGUGUUCCUGCCGGUGUACGGGGAACAGAAUGAAGAGUGGCCUUCCUGUGCGUGCAGUGGAGCUGUGAUGGCCCCUCUAUAUCUGCUGCCCUCCUUCUUACUGCUGGUCCUUCUGCUUUUACUGCUCUGGCGGAAUGGUGUAUGCAAGCGUAAGAGGGCCCGCAACAAUUGGAAUGAGUUCUCUGAUUAUCAUGAUGCGGCUCCCAGUGAAGCAACCUUAAACAUUUUGAAUAUCUGCAACAUACAGCACCAAUGAAGAGGAAGGGAGACACCUUGUGGAAUAGUAUUGCCAUACUUUUUUAAGUAUACUCUUUUGAUCCCGUGAGGAAAAUUUGGUCUCUGCAUUUAUCCCAAUCCAUGAAUUAG